AUGGCGGUGCCCCUGGCGGCGCUGGCCGCGGUGCUGGCGCUCCGCUGCCACCUCGCGGGGGCUCAACAGGAGGGAUCCUCGCCGGAUCUCGGAGCCGUCAAAUCCUUCCAGGACUUCGAUGAGUUCCGCAUGGCCCAGGUUGCGGCUGGACAAGACAGACCCAAACACCCUGGAGGUUUCGGACACCCCGAUUCUUCGGAAAUGAUCAAGGUGGUGAUUGGGAGCAGCCUCAGCGAAAACCAGAAGUGUGUGACUCCUCCAGGACCGGUGGACUGCCCAAAGGAUCUGAUGCUGAAAGAUCACACCGGCCAGUACCCCGACGAGUUCCACAUCUUCCACCACGGCGAUCAGAUCUGUGCUCGACGGACGGAUGCGACGGCCGGUUGGGGCAUGAACGUGGCAGUGCUGUGCCUGAAGACCUCGCACGACGCUGGGGACUACCAAGACAGCGCAGGCGAGGUGGUGUUCGGCAGCAGCUUAACCUCCGCCACAAAGUGCGUUCGGGAUCCCGGGCACGUGCACUGCGACGACACCGCCCAGCAAAAGGGCCGCACGGGAGAGUAUCCAGACACCUUCCACAUCUACCACGAAGGCAGCCAGAUCUGCGCCCAUCGCACAGAUACCCACGCCGGAUGGGGCCUUCACUUGGUCGUCCAGUGCAAGACCCGGGGGAGCGGCGGAGGAGGAUUCGGAGGAGGCAGCGGAAGCCACGGAGGGAACGGAGGACGCGAAGUGGUCAUCGGGGAGAGCCCUGACUCCCAGAUCAAGUGCGUGGACAGCCAGCCAGGAAUCUACUGCGAUGACACGGCAAAGCAGGUGGGCAGAACCGGACAAUAUCCAGACACUUUCCACAUCUACCAGGAGAAUGGACAGAUCUGUGCCAAGCGCACGGACGCACCUGCCGGCUGGGGGCUGAACCUAGUCCUUCACUGCAAGACCUACGGCCCGCCAAUCGGGGAGAUUUAUCGGACGGCGAAGAUCCGCUACUGCUGCACAAAGCACCUCUUUUCGCCUGCCUGCCCCUACGACUGCGAUGCCUUGGACCGGCACGCUUCGCUCGGCUGGACCUCCAAGCGCCGCAGCUGGUGCUGCGGGAACCGUGGGAUGGGCUGUCGCGCGAAUGAGCGUCCCCCACUGCCGCAGCAUGGCGGCUCCGGGCCUUACAACUGCGAGAUUCCAGACACCACGGAGGAUCAUGUUCCUCUCCCAGAUCAGCAAGGGGGAGGCGUGCACUGGAAUCCCACUGACGAGCAGCCGCGCUACAAUUGCAUGCAUGGUUCGAAAGAGAUGUGGUCGCAAGACAAAGCCCAGUACUGCAAGCUGUGGCUUGCCGCCUCAGAAGCAUACCGGAAGUCUGGGCAGGCUUUCAAGGAGGGACUUUAUGACUGCAACACCGGCGAUGAGUCGAGCUGGUCUUCUGAGCAGAUCUGGUGGUGCCAGCACCAUUCGAGCAGCCCCCACGAGUGCGACGCGAAGAAGAAGGAUCAGUGGGAUAACAGCGAGCGGGACUUCUGCUGCAUCCUCAAAGGCAUUGGGUGCCCAAAGGUGGUGGCGGUGCCGAUCGACGACCACUAUGGGCCGCACGGCGACUCCGACCGAAAUGACUGGGAGGACGCCGCCAGCCUUGACAUCAUCGACCACCCGAACACGAAGCCAAGACCAGGAAACGCUGGUGCUGCAGCAAGUGGGGCCUCUUUUGCGAGGAGUUGGGUGACUUCAACUGCUCUGUGGGGUUCUGGAACUGGAAGAAGGGUUGGUCGUCCGACAAGAAGAACUUCUGCUGCAAGAAAGAGGGCAAGGCUUGCCAAGACAAGAGCUACGACUGCAGCCAGGCUGGCAGCGUUGGCACCUGCUCAGAAUGCCCACACGUACUCGAAGGCCUGUCCCUUCGACUGCCAAGCUGGAUUAGACAAGUGGAUGAUUGGCUUCGCGCCGGACGCCCCAAAAGGGGCCCUCAUUCGAGCACUACCCCUUUCCGAAAUGGACGCUGGGCACUUUAACCGGUUGAAGGAGCCAGUGGUCGGAGGUUGGCGUGCCCUCCCCACGACUCCUUCGGCCAUGGAGCACGCCCUCCCCCCUCCUUCGGCCACGGAGCGCGCCCUCCGCACUCCUUCGGCCACGGAGAACUCCUUCGGCCACGGGGUGCACCACACGCCUGCGCGGCCGCUUCACAAGCCCCACUUCCACGAGCACGAGCUCGACCACGCCCACCUUGGCCAGGGUGAGUCGGCCUUCUCACCCCGCUACACCUUUGACGACUGCCAGAACAAGGACGACCGAUCGAAAGGUAACCUCGGCCUCUGCUACCUCUCGGUCUCCUUCAAUUGCCAGGUCGGUUUGAGCAGCUGGCGCACCUGGUCUUCCCAGAAGCAGGCGGUGUGCUGCGGGAAGAAGGUGACCUGCUCCGGUCACGGAGACGGCGGCCACUCCUCUCACGGGGGCCACUACUCUCACGGCGGCCACUUCUCUCAUGGAGGUCUGCGGUUCUAG